AUGGAUCCCGCCGACACGUUUGGGAUUUCUUGGUACCCCGCAGACCCGUCCGUCGCGCCGCCGCCGCCGCCGCUCAAGCCGGGGCCCUCGAGCAACUGCUUCGUCUACGAGACCACACCCCUGGACUACGUGUCCAAGGUAGCGUUCACUUUUGGCAUCACCGUCGAGUCGCUGCUGAACGCCAAUGCCGCCGCAAUCCCCAAGAUGGAUGACUUCCUUGCGGAGGGCACGCUGCUGAAGAUUUGUUCCCCAACAAGGAACGUUGCGACGGCCGCCAAGCCCCCUGCCGCGGCCGCGCCGGCGGACGCGGCGGCGGCCACCCCAGCCGCCAAGCCGGCAGCCCCUGGUGCUGCGGCGGCAGCGGCGCCUCAGGGCGCGGGGAGCGCCUCGGCGUCGACAGAGGGGUGCUCGCCCUAUCUGGGCUGUGUGCCCGACCCGCCUCCGGCCGCGGCCGCGCCUCCUGCCGGGAGCGCGACAGGGUUCCUCGGCAAGCGGCACCUGCGGCUGCAGCGCCUCAGGCGGCUGCUGCUGCUUGCGUGA